CAGUUGAUUACUGCGCACAAAGUAAACCAAGAUGGCGGACGAAUUUGAGUUGAGUUGAAGGAAAACUUGGAAUUGUUCGAAAAUAUCGUUAAAAAAAUACAUCGAAAUAACCAAUAAGCGUCUCACAACCUUAAACAAGACCUGAGACGUUCAGCGAGGUUUUUUUCUCUUUUUGGGAGUUUGCUCGUUGAGAGUUCUUUGUUUCGUUGUAGCUGACAACUCGCCAAAGUUGACACCAAACGAGCUGUCUUCAAAACAAGAGCAAAUUCUCUCUCUUAAAGCUUUUUUCACGCAAAGCUAACGACAUGUUCAGCAAAGGUGGACGUGGAAAGCAAAGGGGAUUCGGGUUUGGGGGAUUUUCUGUGGCAAGUAAGAAAGAAACCCUAUUACAGCCAAAAGUAUUGCAGAGUCGGAGCCAAAGCAUGAAAAGCAAGGAUAAUGUCAAGCAUGCUCCAACAGUGGCUCUACCUGAAAAGAGAAAACCACUUUUUGUGGAUAGUGAUGAUGAUGACUAUGAUGAAAAGAAAUUCCAGGAUGACAACAGUGAUGAAGACACCCCAAUGUAUCAAACAAACCCUGAUGAUGAUGAUGAGGAAGAUGAACUUGACAUGUUUAUGAAAGGAAUUGAGCAAGAAGUCAAGAAAGAAGAAAGUAAGACUGAGGCACAAAGAGCUGAAGAAGAAAAGAAAAGAAUCCAACGACAAGACAUAGAAGAGGAAGAUGAUCAAGAGUCAUAUUUUAACUACAUAAAGAAUGCACCAGUACAAGCAUAUCCUGAUGACGAUGAAGUAGAAAUUGAUUAUGAUAGUGAUGGAAACCCUAUUGUACCUGAGAAAUCUAAGAUUAUUGAGCCUUUACCUCGUGUGGACCAUUCAGAGAUUGAUUACCUUCCCUUUGAGAAAAACUUCUACAUCGAACAUGAUGAAAUUGCCAAGCUGCCUGUCCAGGAAGUGAAUGAGCUGAGGAAAAAGCUUGGAAUCAAGGUGUCAGGUGCCAUGCCAUGCAAACCUUGUAUCAGCUUUGCUCAUUUUGGCUUUGAUGAGCAGCUCAUGUCUAUUAUUCGAAAAUCUGAAUAUACACAGCCAACCCCAAUACAGUCUCAGUCUAUCCCCAUAGCUUUAACAGGGCGUGACAUCAUCGGCAUUGCAAAGACAGGUUCUGGCAAAACAGCUGCAUAUCUGUGGCCAGCAUUAGUGCACAUCAUGGACCAACCAGAACUGCAAGUAGGUGAUGGUCCGAUUGCUUUGAUAUGUGCACCGACAAGGGAAUUAUGCCAGCAGAUUUACACAGAAGCAAGAAGGUUUGGAAAGGCGUACAAUAUUCAUUGUGUUGCUGUUUUUGGUGGUGGAAAUAAAUAUGAACAGUCAAAGGCUUUGCAAGAAGGUGCUGAAAUUGUUGUGGCAACUCCUGGAAGAUUGAUAGACCAUGUUAAAUCCAAAGCAACAAAUUUAAGAAGAGUGACAUUUCUGGUUUUUGAUGAAGCGGACAGAAUGUUUGACAUGGGAUUUGAGCCACAAGUGAGAUCAAUUGCCAACAAUGUCAGACCAGACAGACAAACUUUAUUGUUCAGUGCAACUUUUAAAAAGAAAGUUGAAUACUUGUGCCGAGACACUCUCACAGAUCCAAUCAGAGUUGUUAUUGGAGAACUAGGAGAGGCAAAUGAAGAUGUUACCCAAGUUGUAAAUAUUUUCAACUCUCCACCAGAAAAAUGGACAUGGAUUACAGAAAAUUUAGUAUCCUUUACAUCAGAUGGCAGUGUACUGAUAUUUGUUACCAAAAAGGCCAAUUGUGAAGAGUUGGCCAGCAACCUGAAAAAGAAUGAUUUUGAAGUGGCCCUUUUACAUGGUGAUAUGGAUCAGUUUGAGAGGAAUAAAGUACUUGGUCAGUUUAGAAAAAAGGAAGUGCCAAUACUAGUUGCAACUGAUGUAGCAGCUCGUGGUUUGGAUAUCCCUUCCAUUAAGACUGUAAUCAAUUAUGACGUGGCGCGUGACAUCACGACACAUACUCACAGGAUUGGACGAACAGGCCGUGCAGGAAUGAAAGGUGUGGCAUACACACUCCUGACGUCUGCAGAUCAAAACUUUGCUGGGGACCUCGUUCGCAAUUUGGAAAUUGCUAAUCAAACUGUUCCCGAGCCUCUAUUGGAACUGGCAAUGAAGAACUCUUGGUUCAGGAAGUCCCGAUUCAAACACGGUUCUGGGAAGAGAAUCGAUCGAGGUGGAAAACCACGUGUUCGAGAAAGACCAGGCUUAGGACUGCCAGAGAAAACGGAGCAAACUCGAUCUGGUGGUAUGGCUACAUCGCACGCAUCCUAUAAACCACCUUCAGGGGGCGUGUUCGGCCAGCCUUCCAUGGGCAGUCGAACAUCAACUGUCAAAACUGCAUUCAAGUCGCAGUACAUGAAUUCGUUUUGCCGUGCUUCCUCAUCGAGCUUAACAUCAUGGGACUCGAGCAAAUCAAACGAACCGAUGAGACCUCCCGAGCAAGCACAAUUGCAACAGAAAAAGAAAAAAUCGCGGUGGGACACAGGUCACUAAGAAAAAUACUACAACACUGAAAUGGCUUCCAAGAGAAUUCCUCUCACUGGAAACCCGUGGCAAAUGUAUUUCGAAUGUCAGGGAUUGUAGAGUGCGAUCAUAGGCUUAUUAUAGCACUUUUAGGAUAUGACCGAGGGACGAACCAUAGUUAUCGGUUGCUUAAAAAUACCGCUGUGUUCCUUAGUGUCAGGUUUUAGCCUCCCUCAUUGUCUUUUUUUUUUUUAUAAAUUCCUCAAGACAAACGAAGUGAAAUAAUAGAAAUGCUUUCAGGGCCCUUCACUGGACAUUCUAUAGAAAAUCAUGGAAGCUGUUUAGCAGAAAAAUGAAUUGCAAACAGGAUAAUGGUUUGGUUCAGUCUUAAUCUUGAAAAGCUGCGUCUGUGCUCAUGUCAAACGUCGAACUUCACAAGAGCCGAACCUAAUUACAUCAAAGAAGACCACCUUGUUUCAAUUAGGUUUGGCUCAGGAAGUUCGACGUUUGACCUGAGCCUUAGGUCCCGGAUUUUUUUUGCAACUUUGCCGGAGAGAGCUUGCGCCUGAUGUUAAGCGGAAAAAAUUUAGUCAGAUGUUUUUCGCACUAAUUUUUCCACGCGAAAUGUUGCAUGAAAAAAUCCGCUCAAUUCUACAGGGUUUCACGCAAUGCUAUUAACCAUUGUAUCUUUGGACCUUUAUUAUAGCAAACCGUAGCUUUGGAAUUUAUGAAAUAUAAAAACAUUCGUUUUCCCCUUCUAAAAUACAGUAAGAACCCAAGCGAUUUGCCAAUUCCUUUAAAAUGUAUUGGUAGUUUGCUUGCAGUCAUUCCCAAUAACCAUUAUAAUGAGAAAAGAGUUGGUCAUUAUGAAAAAAGGCUGAACGGGAAAGGGCUCAAAUGUCCUCCAAUAUCAUAACCUAUGUACUGCCGCUUUCUACCCCUCCCGUACGGGGAAAGAACCCGUAGGGUAAGGGUGGGAGGCGGCUGUACACGGGCUAAAAUAUCAGGGUUCUCUUUAGGUAUAAGCGCGCUGUCCAAUAUAACUGGAAGGUGUAGAUUGGGCGCUAGAUAGACGGGAAGCACUGGAGUGAGAGAGCCUUUGGAGUUCCUCUUGCUCGGUGUUGACCAAUAGGAACGUUGGCUCUGGGUACGAGAUUGGGUGCAUGUUUGAAGCUAUGACGUCACUACUACAUGUAAUGGCAUCAGUUUUUAUUACGUCUUAGCCUCCUCCGGGCGGCGGAGGCAUCUCUCUGAAUCUCUAUAUAGGAGCCUGGGAACGAAUAAACAAACUCCGCGGCUCUAUGCCAAAGGAAGCGCGCCAAGCAAAAAGAAGCCCAAGGAAAAGCCUGCGGAGAAGGCUAAUACGUCUAUUGCUGUCAUCAAAAGUUGCUUCGAAGAAAAAUAUUGAUAUCGAAAAAAAACCCGCUUGUUUUCGUUUUCUUAUUUUCUUGUUUGCCUAAUUUUUUCCACUAAUAUGAAGACGAAAAAAAGUUGAGCAAUAGUACUCCGGGUUCUGUAUAAUAUUCUUAAGUGGGAUGCAACCACAUGACUUCAAAAAAAAUCUUGAGAUACAAAUAACAAUUAAUGAAGCAGCCAUCAUGUUGGUUGAUCUUAUGCAAGAAGCUAUUGAGGAAUGCUUUGUUAUCGUAAACCAACCAGGCGGCUAUGAAGUAACAUGCCCCCCAAGAAUAGGCGGUGUUGGUAUUAGAACCAUUCUCGUUUCCAGAGUACCUUUUGGUUUCUGCCAAAAAGCAAAGCCAAAAAGGAAGGAUAAAAAAGAUAUGUUUUCCCCUAUACCGGUCCACAGGCAGCCCAAUAGUCUCGUCAGUAAGAUUAUGUGUGACACUUCUAAUAGAGAUACGAAAAUAAAACGUACUUAUCCGAA